CAGAUUCAAAAUGAAUGUAAAAGAACACAGUCACCAUAACUGAUGAUAAUACAAAAGAACACGUAGGAAAGAUUUCUUUUUCCCAGCAUAUUAUAGGAAGAAAAGGUUUACAGAUUUCAGAGAAAUUUACGUAUUUUUAUUUCUCAGUGGCUACCAACACUGUUUUUCCAUUAACUUCAGAGGAUACAGCUCUCAGCAGAGCUUUGAUACUACCAACAGUGUCAGCAUACAAGAGACAGUACAACUCCUCUUCCUGCUCUCUGCCACAUCUUCAGCACUUCCAAGUGACUGCCCUGCUAAAGCUUCACUAAACAGACAGAUGUAUAAAAAUGGCCAAAAGAUUCUUCCAUAGCAUGUGUAAAAUACAAAAUGAAGCAGGUAAGAGUAAUUGAUUCACCCUCUUCAGCCAGUCUUACUGCUAACCUCUAGCCUCUCAAGAAUAUGAAGAUGUGCUUUUUAAACUACACAUCUCAAGUGAAGUUCUUCAUGUAUGAUAGUGUGAAGGGUUUGACUGGGCUCUUUCCCAUGCUGUUUGGCUGCCUGUUCAAACUUCUCCUCUCACUCUUCUUCACAUCACAGCCUCUCUGGUUUCCCUUAUCCAGCUUGCCUAAAUCUCCUUUCCUUGCUCUUUCAUUCAAGUAUUACCUUGCUAAUGACAACAUUCACUUGAAAAAAAAACAAUAUUUGUAUAUUGAUUUCUGCAAAUUCAUUUACCACUCUGUGUGUCAUGCACUCUUUGAUCUGUGUUCACUUUUUUUUAACUGAGAGAUAUUUGGGGCAGGGGCUGUCAUCUGGUGUGUGCUUGAAUAAUGCACAGCACAAAGGCAUCCUAUUUUAGACAGUAUUUGAGAAACGCUGUAGCAAACAAUAAAAACAAUUAUAAUUACCCCUCCCACAAGCUACAUUAAAAUACAUGAUCACUCAAAUAUUGAGAAAUGACAGCAUCAAUCCUGUGAUGUAAUUUAAUUAAUUUCCCUCUCUUCUUUUGUGUAAGUAUGAUGAUACUGUCUCUAGCAAUAUCAUAGUAUAUUACUUUUUCUGCAAAUGUCUUGCUUCAUUGAGUAUUGUUAAUUUUUUAAAAUAAUUUUUUUAUCCAAAAUGGUGUCCAAAUCUUUCUUACCAUAGGAUUUCCUGUCAUAAUCCCUUCAUUGAGUAGAAAGUUACUAAUUUCCUUCUAUAUUUUUUUUGUUAUUUUUAUCAGAGGAUGUGAAUGAUUCAAGAGUACUAGUGAAAUUAUUUUGGCAAUGCUGACUUGAAGACCUGUCACUCUGUCUUAAAGAUGGGAGAUAAAGUAAGCAGAUAGAGUAAGCAUAAAACAUAAAUCUUACAUGUUAAAUUAACAAGAUGUCUUCCAAUAUUUUAUAUUGUUUCAUGUUUCUAGCAUAUGGUACAUUGGAAGCAUAGUGACCAAAAAAAAAAAGCUUUUAGCUUGGAGUGCACAGAAUUUCUGAUAUUUUUUCAGGUGAGGAACAAAAAACACUUUAGCAGGCAUGAUUUUUCACAGCGGAAAGAAACAAAGCCAAUUUUUCAAAAUUUAUUCAGCUUCUUGAACAAUUCUUCCAUUUUACACUCUGCUGUUAAAACUCAAACUUCUAUGUUCGGUAAGACAAGAAAGAUGUGCAUAAAAUCUCUCUCCACAUCCCUAACUGAUCCCCAUAAGCCUGUUCACAUCACAGAACGUUACAUGCUCCUAUGUAAAGCACUGUCUCUUGAAGGCUUCAUGAAAAUAAAAGUUUUGUGGGCUGUAGCCCAGCCACAGAGGUCUUCCUACCUGGAAAAAAAGAAUCAAGCUUUCUGUUCUGCUUCUAGGACUUCCUGUAUCUUCACUAAUUGCUCAACUGUGUAUGUACCUAGUAUUUUCUUAAAUAAUUUUACAGCUAUCACGUGCAGUUAUUUCCCUGAUUUUUCAAAUAUCUCUUUUUAGGCAUGGAAACCCAAAGUGGACUUAGCAAUUUCUAACUGGUAUCCCAGUACUAAAAACUGAAACAUAUCAGCUACAGGAUAGCAUUAGAAAUAGAUUUACUUGUCCAACACAUUCUCUAGAUCUCUCUCAAAAUCACCAUGUCCCAUGGGACACACAUUGAUCUGAAAGACUUUGUAUAAAACUCUUGUUUUUAAGCCCACUGUCAGUCUGGUAGUAUUAAAACGAGCAAAUUGCACUGGUGAUAUUUUGACUGAGUUCUGGUCUACCAAAUUUUCCUAAUUUGAGCUCCGUAGCAAAUUCCUCACAUCUCAACAAUCAUGAAUGUCUUCAUAACGUGCAUUGGGGUAAUAAGGGUAGGGGGAAAGUGUUUAGGAACAAUACAUGAGAGAGGCCAGAGGUGUUUUAGCAGCACUGGGACAUUUCAGAGGACAAUAAACACUAGCAGUGAAUCCUUCUCUCCUAACUUGACUGUCCCUCAGGAUGCAAGCUGUCAUCUCCUCUGGGAUUCUCAAGCCAACUUCGUCCUCAUCUCACCUGCCUUACACGUUCACACCACUCUCCCUCUCUGCCUGCACCAAGAACAUCCCAUGCUUAUUCUUCUACCCCUGCCUAGAUUUCUGCUAUAGCAGUGGGCUCUUCUUGUGUUAAAGAGCUGUUGCAAAUAUUGUAUUGAUUUUUUUUUGUUUGGGUUAAAUAAAGAACUAAAAGUAAUAACACAGGCUCAGUUCUUGUUAAAGAAAAAAAUCCAACUUUAAUUUAACCUAUUACUUGAGUUUCAAUUUGAUUUCAGAACACGCUUUGCUUUAAUAGAUUCCUAUUAUCUGUAUGAUCAUCUUUUUAGAGUUAUUUACAAGUUUGUCAAUAUUUGUGUCAGCAGCACAUUUCAACAUAAAUUAUUCAGAAUCUAUUUCCAGAUUGCCAGCAGCAGUAUUGAGCAGGAAAAAGCACAGCUCACCGUACAACUCUACUAUAACAGGUAUUUUCAAAGACCUGUCAUCUGAUCAGCCCUUAGCCAUUUCAUGUAUGUUUAUCAGAAUUCUCUGCAAUACUAAGUCAAAGGUAUUACAAAAGUCUCAAAAAUUUCACCUUUUUCUGUUCCAUUUAUUCCAAUAACCUUGAAAAUUAGCACUAAUUCUUUUUUUGAAGUAUUAACUUCAUCUUCAUUCUUUAGGUUUUUAUUGCUGAAUUCUACAUAGCUUUUUUCUUCAUCAUUUUGACUCAAACCAAUGCUUAACUUACUGUUUUAUAACCAUAUUAUAAUAUUGAUAUUCAUUAGAUGCUGAAAGCUUUCUCCCUGGUAAACAUACUGGAAAAGAUUUUUUGUUUGAAUUAUCUGCAACUGAAAAAUUGUUUUAAUGUUCUCUUAUCACAUUACAUCAAUUUUCUUCACAACUUUUUGAAGGUAAGUUUAUAUUCCAUUUGUCUCAUCGUGCUCUUCAUGGCAUCAGUUUUAAGACAGCUCUACCUGCUCCAUUUAGUAUCCAAAAGGGAAUAGUUCUAGUUGGGAGACGGGGUAGGGCAGCUGUCCAUCCCUCCCACCAUCAGGGGUACUGCCUAAUGCUCCACUCAGAUCAUAUCUUCAGUCUCACAUUAGUGGAGCAGCAAUGGGCUUUUGUCCAAUCAUUUUUUGGACUUAGAACUAGAAAAUCUCAAAACAUUCAAUAUUUCAGCUUCUUCUCUGAUGUUUCCCUCAUUGAGUUUCACAUCAUUUUUGUUUAGUUAUGUUCUCAAAAAAGGCUGACACAUUUUUGCUGAAACACUGAAGAAAAACAUCAAAGAUGAACAUCAUACAGAGAAGUUUUCAGCUCGAAUUAUGCAAAAUAUUUAUAGUGAUGAUGCAAAUGAUGAAAAAAAUUAUAUAUACAAUUUUGCAUUCAAGUAAAAGUUCUUAAAAUUCAAAGUCAAUUUUUUACAGUUUGUAAAGUAAAGAGCAGUGCCUGGGAAAGUAAAUGAAGAUUAUGCUCUUAUGUACUAAGCACACUUCAUAUAUGGUUUUAAAAUAUAAAAAUUGUCAGUAACCAAUGCAUCAAAGUGAAAAUAAAUAAACCGUUAUGUAAAUUUACAAAGGUUUAACUACUAAACCCAGAUUUUAGAGUUGAGAACUUUCCAUAAUAAUAUCCCCAGUGACAGGGUUGGAGUGGGCUACUGGAAAUAAUCACCAGUCCAACGCACGAUCCCUGGUAACAGACCUACAAGUGCACUUUCCUGAUGGCUGGUUUGCUUUAUCGGAGUCUGCAAUAGAUUCCCACAGUCACUGUCCCACGUUUGCAGAGCUUGGGCUCACAUCACCCGGACACUGGCAACAAGCCUUUUGUGGCUCCCCAGCCUGAGCAUUGAAUUGGGGAGAAAUGAAGUGGGGAGAAACCAGGCACCUUUUGCACAGGAGCUGACAGGAGGGGCCGAUGCACAACUUCUUCAGGAGCUUUCGAAACCUCAUUAGUAAUUUCGGUGCUUCUUGCUUUGGUUACCGGGCACAAUGGAAGAGACAUGGCACAAAGACUGGAUUUGAGGACACGCUGGGUCUGAGCUUCUGGACAACGAGAGCUGCUUCUGCCUCGGCUUUCGGGCAGAGCAGAGCAGAGCAGAUUGAGGGCAGAAAGCAGCUUUCGGGGGGGUUCUGCGGGGGCUGACUUCAGUUAGUUUGACAGGACAGGCACGGGCGUGCACUUUCCAGCAGCGGCCUGGCUGCGAAUCUCUCCGUGGAAGAGCUGCCGUGGGCAAGGCCAGGCGGCCGGAAGGAUGCGGAGAUGGAGAAGGCCUCGAAUGGGACGCGCUGCUGAGAGGAGCCGUUCCAAGGGCACCCCGCAGACCGUGGUCAUGGAUCGGAUUUUCUCUGGUAUCCAGCCAACUGGGACCCCUCAUCUGGGUAACUACCUUGGAGCCAUUCAGAACUGGGUGAAUCUGCAGGAAGAGUGCAGCUCAGUGCUCUAUAGCAUUAUGGACAUGCACUCUUUCACCAUGCCCAAGGAGCCAGCUGUCCUGCGCCAGAACAUCCUGGACACCACUGCUGCCAUCCUUGCCUGUGGGAUUGACCCCAACAAGUGUCUCCUGUUCCGGCAAUCACUGGUUCCUGAGCAUGCAGAACUUGCCUGGAUUCUUGGGUGCUUAACUAAUGUGCCACGUCUGCUACGUUUGCCCCAGUGGAAGAUGAAGCGUGCCAGCCAGAACAGCGAAGGAACUGUUGGUUUGUUGACUUACCCUGUGCUUCAAGCAGCAGAUAUUUUGCUGUACAAGUCAACACGUGUUCCUGUUGGAGAAGAUCAAGUCCUGCACCUGGAACUAGCCCAAGAUAUAGCACAACAUUUCAACAAGAAAUAUGGAGAAUUCUUUCCUGUGCCCAAAGCCAUUUUAAGUACAACAAAGAGAAUAAAAUCCCUCAGAGAUCCGUCAGCGAAGAUGUCCAAGUCAGACCCGCAGAAGUUAGCCACCGUUACCAUAGCAGACAGCCCAGAUGAAAUAGUGCUGAAGUUCCGCAAAGCUGUCACUGACUUCACCUCAGAGGUGACCUACGAGCCCGCCGCCCGCCCCGGUGUCUCCAACCUGGUGUCCAUCCACGCCGCAGUGACGGGGCUGAGUAUCAAAGACGUGCUGCACCAAGCCACUGGUCUCGACACUGCUCACUACAAAAUGGUGGUGGCAGAGGCCGUUAUCCAAAAAUUUGCACCUAUCAGGAAUGAAAUCAAGAAACUCCAGGAAGACAAGUCUCAUCUGAUAAAGGUUUUAGAGGAUGGAGCAGAGAAAGCCAAAGAACUGGCUGCUCCUAUCUAUCAAGAAAUAAGGAGACUGGUGGGAUUCCAAUAGAAGCUGCUGAGUAGCUGCAAGGACUUUUGUAUCAUGUGACAGAGAUUUUGUUAUUUGUAACAAAAUCAUUUAUUAAUUAUUAAUCAUUUUGGUUUGAAACAAAAACUUUUUCUCCUGGAAGACCCAAGGAGAAUGUUGAAGGUGAUUGCAUUAAAAAAUGUGCAUGAAGCCUGGUAUUUCCUGUGGGACCAGCAUUAAGCUUGUCUGGCUAGUCAAAGAGGGAGGGCAGAAGCAAUCACAAUUCACAAAGAAAAUGUGCAAAAGCAGAUUAUAAGGUUGCCUGUGUGGGUUUUUGGAUUUUUCCAUUGACCACUGCAAGAAGCUGAAGUGUAGAUAAGGUGAUCAGAAUCUAGCAGAAGGAUUUGUAAUCCCCUCAAGAACAUGCUUAGCUGUGUACGUGCUGUUGUUACAGAGGGACAAUUAAUCCUACUGGGGGUUAUUCAGCUUUGAUAUGGUGAUUAAACUUGUUCUUGGAUAACCAGAAUAAAAGGAGAGACUUAAAAAUAAAUGCUCAGGGUGAUGACAAAGGAACUUACUGCUUCUCCCUAUAGUUUCUUCAAAUUCAGUGUGAAUUAUUUUUUUGUAUCUAUGUAGUUGGUAUGAAGUGAAUUUCACUUCUGCCAUUGUGCCAUCCUGCUGGUCAGGUCUAAGGUGCUUCAAUGAGAAAUGACAUGUGCUUCAGCUGCUCCUAUUUCGCCUGCUAUUCUGUUUAACAGGCAGCUCCAGGAUUUUCAGUUCAGCAUCACGUCUAGAAUUGCUUUAAAAAAGGUAGAGAAGAUGUAAUCCUGAAUCAAAUAAAUCUUGGGUUGAGAAGCAGAGAGCUUUCUGUAAAGUUUACAAAAUUGCUUCUUUAGAAAAUUGUGCUGAGGUCAGAGCCAGAACAGAGUUAAAUAGAUCUUUAUGGACUCUUCACUACUGAGCCUUGAGAAAGUGUAGUGAUAGGAAAGCAGUGUUAGCCUGCCCUGAUCUUGGGCCUCCCAAGAUCCACAGACUUGGACCCAUGGAUUGUGGCACCUGUUGGGGAAUGUGUGGCCAAGAGGGAUUGCCAAAAAGAGGCACCAUGCUCUGAAGAGGGGUAGUAGUACAUGUUAAAAGGUAUUGAAAGCCCUACUGAUCCUGUGCCAGCAUAUUUAGCUGUGUUGUUGCACUUCAUGGUGCUGUGUAUGAAAUUGCUGUACUGUAAACUGAGUUAAUCCUGUGCUCUGGCAGCUCAUAACCACGCUAUGCCUGUGGCAUUGGUCAUGAAGGAUUGCAGUCUUAUGUGACUGAGUUAGUAAAACAUGGGGAGGGGGUUCUACAGAGUGUGGUUGGGUGGUUGGUUGUUUUGGGGUUUUCUAAAUAGCAGUAUUUAGUUAAUUAUAGUGAGUUAAUUCAGAAAGAAAUAUUUAAUUUUCCAAAACUUAAAGCUGAGGACUGAGCGUCUCCAGAUCUGUGCUGAGACCUGUAUUUAUUUGUUAGGAAUCUGAAGAAGAGAACUGCCAUGCAAGAGCUUGAUGAUGACAGAUUUUCUAAAAUUAGUCAAGACUAGAAAAGCAGAGUGGAUGGAGACAGACUGAUUGGAACCAAACUCAGUGUAGACAAGCCUAAGGUAAUGUCCUCUGGAAAGAAUAAGUAUAUUCAAAAAUUGUCCCUGGUUUUAAAUAAACUGUAGUGGAUAAGGAAAGAACAUGUUAUAACUGUACAUAUUUACGUAGUUUUACAAAGCUUUUGUCAGUGUUUAACAGCUGCAUUAGAGCACUAAGAUGAAAAAUUAAGACACACAAUUACUGCACCUGGCAUAUAAUGUUUGCUGUGGCACUUUUUAAUAUAGAUUAAUAUAGAUUGAUUUCAGCGAAGGUCCCACAGUAUGUACAUUAAGAAAAGCUAACACUGUCCUCAUGAAGACUGAAAGUCUUUAAUACUUGUGUAUCUAGUUUCUACCUGUACCUCUUUUUCACUAGCAAAGAUAGAAGCAUAUAUUCAAAAGACAACUCAGAGAUUCAAGAUCUCUACACUUCUGAUACUCAAACCACCUAAUAUGUAGAGUUGCAAUUCAACACACCUUCUCUGCAGUGGAAGGAAAAUAGGAGCAUUCAUGGGAGGGGUUGACACCAACAGGUGAUUUUGGUUUGUUAUUUAAACUGUUCUGAGCAUCUUUCCAAAACUGUUAGAUUCUUUUUCAGAAAAUCAUGUAAGUAGAGCAAGAAAAAAAACUUCAAUAGAGCCUUUUCUUGGAGGUGAGGAUUUAAGGCAUUACAUAUUUAGCUGUGUUUCAAGCAAAUUCACUAAUUUGCCUCUUUUUAAUUCAACACUACACUGGGGGUUUUUCCUUCCCUUUCCCCUAUCAGUCAAACAAGUCUUAUUUGCCUGAGCUAUUUCCUACCAGUAAGGAAAUAUACAUAUUUUUUCAUCUUCAGAAAAGUUAAACUUGUGUAAAAUGAGUAUAUUAACCUACUGAUGGUUGACUAAGCUUUUCAUUUUAGUUGCUCCUGUGGAGGAAUUCUCAAAAUAACAUAUGUUUGCCUGUGGAGAGCCUGGUUCAAGCAUGGCUUAAAGAAAGAGGCCAUGAAGGUAUUCAGCUAAGGGAAAAAGCAGCCUUUCCCAGGCUUGAUUCUGUAAAUAAUUAAGGUUCUCAGCCACCUUUUAUACAACAAGAUUCUCAGACCGUUCUCUCAAAAACAGGCAGAUAUCCUGUCCUUGGCUGCUCUAGGAACAGAUGGCCGUUCUGGGAACAGAUAUAAAGGUUUUGGGAACUUUUCAUAUCAUGGUGAGAACACUGAUCUUGGUUUCAAUAAACUAACUUCAAGUAUUGUAAACAAAAGGAGGAGCUGAAGUUUUCUCUACAGCCUAUCGAGAGCUCAGGUUUUGCAAUAUGCAUGAAGUGAAUUAGCACUGUUGUAAAAGGUGUUGAAUUUGAUCAAUAAACUGGAGUCGAUGCUGACCAACACAAAGGUGGGUCAUCUCCCUUCACUUCAACAUUUGCCCAGUGAAACAAUCUCGAUUCCAUUAACAAACACGAUCUUUAGAAUCCCUUGAGAGAAGACAACAAAUGUAGAUGUUUGCAGGUAUCUGUUGCCUAUUUCAGUUUUCUUAGAGCAUGUUUUUUUUCUGUAAAGUUAACCAUCUUGGCACUCUGGUGGUUUAGCUGAGCUUGAAGAACAGAGUUGAUUCCAAGCUAUUCUCUCCUCUUCUACCUCCCUGUUUCCCUUUGGGAAUGUCUUAUAAACACCCAUUCUGUAUAGGGUUCUGUGGCAAUGUUUACGAGGAAGUGCAGUUGAGUUGGAAUAGCUGUUUAGGGAAAAAUUGUUGGAGAAGACGUGAUGCUUUAUGUUUCAUAGUUAUUUGUUUCACAAAAAUUUGUUUCACAUAGUUAUUUGUUUCACACAAACUCUAGUUCUUGGGAUUUAAUGUUUGUUUGCAGCAAAACAGGUGCACUCCUGAAACGCAUUUUCAUCUUUGUUUUUUUCUGAAUCACAUUCUCUAAGACUUCUCUGUGAUGUCAGCUGAAGUGCAGUUGGUGGGGAGUUUCUGCAGAUGCACACUCCUCAUGCCAGCUCCGGAGUGGUAGAGACAUGCCCUGUGUUAUUGUGGGAAGUCACUAUAAGGUGUUCUUCCAGGACAGAGUGAGAAAAAGGUCCAAAUAUAUAUUUCCUAAUUGAAGUAAAAAGAGUCAAAAGGUGGAGAGGUAUCCUUACCCCGUGCUGUGUUGUUCACUGAAGAAAAGGAAGCAGAAACAAUGGUCCUUUAUUUAGAAGGUAUCAGAAAUUUGUGCCUUAGACUCAAAAUCUCCUCUUUUGCCAUUCCUGUGUGUUUGGGCCAGUGCUCCUGGCCCACGGCAGAUCCCAACCACUACAUAUGUGUCAGACAUAGAAUCUCCUGUUAAGACUCACUCACCUUUAGAGAUAAAA